AAAGCUGCGAAAAUUUGGAAGCGCGCCGUGGAGCUCGGAGAUGUGGACGCGAUGGUAUUUCUUGGGGAAUUGUACCAGUAUGGGGAAGGCGUCAAGCUGGACAAGAAGAAGGCGGAGCGGCUGUUUCGCAUGGCUGUAGAUCGGGGCGACGCGGUCGCGCAAAACAAAAUAGGGUGUUCACUUCAUUCUGAGAAGAAAUUUGAAGAAGCAUUCCGGUACUACGCGCUCUCGGCGGAUCAAGGCUUUACCGAGGGAGAGAACAACCUUGCCUGCUGUUACAGGUACGGAGAAGGCACGGAAUCCUCGAAGAAGGCCGCGAAGCUUUACUUGCGCGCCGCGGAGCUCGGCGAAGUUUAUGCGAUGGUGGCGCUUGGCGCUCUGUACGAAACUGGCGGAAAUGGCGUCAAGCGCGACGGAAAGAAGGCGAUGAAGAUGUAUCGGGAGGUCGCCGACCGGGGCCUUGCACUCGCGCAGAGCAAUCUCUCGAACUUGCUUUCUGUUGACGGACAGUACAUGGAAAGUUUUCGAUACUGCAAGCUCGCCGCCGAUCAAGGCUACACCCAGGCGCAAUACAACGCAGGCUACUGCUACGAAAACGCGGAAGGCGUGGAGCGCAACCUCGGCGAAGCAAAGCGCCUGUACGCCCUGUCAGCCGCCAAGGGCUAUGGGCCUGGAAUCGCCGCACUGGGGCGAAUCGGCGCGUGA